AUGGAGGCGAUCAAGCUUCAGAGGAAAUAUCCUCAAUUCUCCCAAGAAGAGAUGAUGGGCCUCAUCUCUGGCUUCCGCAAUCUCGAUGUCGAGGAGAAGGGCAGCGUCCCAAAGCAGGAAGUCAUCAAGGCCAUCCAAGAUCAGGGUCAUGCCUCUUACGAUCAGGUUCGUGAGACGCUCAAGGAGGUCGACUUGGACGCCUCAGGCCGUGUCGAGCUGGACGACUAUGUUGAUCUCCUCGCAAAGAUUCGUGCCGGACGCAACGUCUCGGCGGGUGUUGUCACCAAGGGCAAGGUCUUUGUCAAAGGCGCUACCUCUUCCACGCAGCACACUAUCAACGAAGAUGAGCGUACCGAGUUCACCCGUCACAUCAACUCCAACCUCGCCGGCGAUGCCCACAUUGGCUCGCGACUACCCAUCCCGACCGACACCUUCCAGCUGUUUGACGAAUGCCGAGACGGUCUCAUCCUCUGCAAGCUCAUCAACGAUUCGGUUCCGGACACCAUCGACGAACGUGUGCUCAACUUUGGCAAGGGCGGCAAGGGCCCCAAUGCCUUCCAGAUGACCGAGAACAACAACAUCGUCAUCACCUCCGCCAAGGCCAUCGGCUGCAGCGUCGUUAACAUCGGCCCGCAGGAUCUCAUCGACGGCAAAGAGCAUCUCAUCCUCGGCUUGGUAUGGCAGAUCAUCCGACGCGGUUUGCUCAGCAAGAUCGACUUGAAGAACCACCCAGAGCUCUACCGUCUCCUCGACGAGGGCGAGACGCUCGAAGAAUUCUUGCGCUUGCCUCCUGACCAGAUCCUGCUUCGAUGGGUCAACUACCACCUCAAGGCCGCCAACUGGCACCGACGCGUUUCGAACUUCAGCAAGGAUGUUUCCGACGGUGAAAACUACACGGUGCUGCUCAGCCAGCUCAAACCCGACCAGUGCGAUCGAGCCCCUUUGCAGCAGAGCGACGUCAUGAAGCGUGCAGAGAUGGUGUUGCAACGUGCGGAUGCCAUCGGCUGUCGCAAGUACUUGACGCCAGGGUCCAUGGUGGCUGGUAACCCCAAGUUGAACUUGGCGUUUGUCGCGCAUCUCUUCAACACCUGGCCAUGCCUCGAACCGCUCGAGGAGGCGCCGCCUGUCGAGAUUGAAGACUUUGACGCCGAAGGAGAGCGCGAGGCACGUGUGUUCACGCUGUGGCUCAACAGUCUCGAUGUGGAGCCGGGUGUGUACAACCUCUUCGAGGAUCUCAAGGACGGCACCGUGAUCCUGCAAGCGUUCGACAAGGUCAUCCCUGGCUCGGUCACCUGGCGACGCGUCAGCAAACCCAAAGAGGGGCAGGAGCUCUCGCGCUUCAAAGCGGUUGAAAACACCAAUUACGCCGUCGACCUCGCCAAGGCAUCCAGCAUGCACAUCGUCGGUAUCCAAGGUGCCGACAUCGUCGACGGAACACGAACGCUCACCCUGGGUCUGGUGUGGCAGCUGAUGCGUCUCAACAUCACCAAGACGCUCUCUUCGCUCUCCAAGGGCGGUCGUGGUGUCAGCGAUGCGGACAUGGUAAGCUGGGCGAACAACUUGGUCAAGAGCAGCGGCAAAUCGACACAGAUCCGAUCGUUCAAGGAUUCGCAGCUCAAGACGGCCGUGUUCUUCUUGGAUCUGCUCAACGCGCUCAGACCGGGCAUUGUGGAUUACGCGCUGGUCAAUCAGGGUAGGACGGAGGAGGAGAGCAGGAUGAAUGCCAAACUGGCGAUCAGCAUUGCGAGAAAGUUGGGUGCAUUGAUCUUCUUGGUUCCGGAGGAUAUUAUCGAGUUGAGGCAGAGGUUGAUCUUGACUUUUGUGGGUUCGUUGAUGGCGAUUCAAUCGUGA